GCUUGGACUGGUCGAGCAGCCUCAACCUCUUCCUCCUCCUCCCUUUUAAUAGAGAACCUCAGACGGCUUGGGUCCUCUGGAAACAUGUCAAAGGAUCUUCACCCCACCAUGGACCCCACAAAGAUGGGAUCUGGUCGCUCCAUUGCUGUGCUGACGUCAGGAGGAGAUGCUCAAGGUAUGAAUGCUGCUGUGAGAGCUACAGUCAGAGUUGGUCUCUACACUGGAGCCAAAGUCUACUUUGUUCAUGAGGGCUACCAGGGCCUGGUGGAUGGAGGGGACAACAUUCGUCCUGCUACAUGGGAGAGUGUUUCCAUGAUGCUUCAGUUGGGAGGAACUGUCAUUGGCAGUGCCCGCUGCAAAGACUUUAGAUCCAGGGAGGGUCGCAUGAAAGCGGCCUGCAACCUGGUGAAGCUGGGCAUCACCAACUUGUGUGUGAUAGGAGGUGACGGAAGCCUCACCGGGGCCAAUGAGUUCAGGACAGAGUGGAGCGGACUUCUGGCUGACUUGGUCCGAGCUGGUAAAAUUACGGCAGAUGAAGCCAAAAAAUCCUCUCACUUGAACAUCGUGGGCAUGGUUGGCUCCAUCGACAACGACUUCUGUGGUACCGACAUGACCAUUGGUACUGACUCAGCCCUGCACCGCAUCAUAGAGGUGGUGGACGCCAUCACCACAACCGCACAGAGUCACCAGAGGACCUUCAUACUGGAGGUGAUGGGCAGACACUGUGGGUACCUAGCCUUGGUGACUGCUCUGGCCUGUGGUGCAGACUGGGUCUUCAUUCCAGAGAUGCCACCAGAUGAUGGCUGGGACAACCAUCUAUGCAGGAGGCUGGCAGAUCAAAGGGCCAGAGGUUCUCGUCUCAAUGUGAUCAUUGUGGCAGAGGGAGCUAUUUCCAGAGAUGGCAAACCGAUCUCAUCUGACAAAAUUAAAAAGCUGGUGACUGACAGUCUUGGCUUCGAUACGCGCACCACUGUCCUUGGACACGUGCAGAGGGGAGGAACGCCCUCUGCCUUUGACAGAAUCCUUGGCAGCAGAAUGGGAGUAGAGGCGGUGAUGGCGCUUUUGGAGGCCACACCAGAUACCCCAGCCUGCGUGGUCAGCCUCUCUGGGAACCAAGCGGUCAGGCUGCCGCUCAUGGAGUGCGUGCAAGUGACCAAAGAUGUGACUGCUGCCAUGGCUGAAGGCAGAUUUGAGGAUGCUAUCAAGCUCAGAGGAAAGAGCUUUGAAAACAACUGGAACACAUACAAGCUGCUGGCCCACAUUAACCCCCCAGAUGUUAAAAGCAACAUCAACGUAGCCAUUAUGAAUAUUGGCGCUCCUUGUGCUGGCAUGAAUGCAGCAGUGCGUUCAGCAGUCAGAAUGGGCAUCAUCCAGGGUCACAACAUGUUGGCAGUUCACGAUGGCUUUGACGGCCUCGCACAUGGACAGGUAGAGCCAAUCAACUGGACUUCCGUGAGUGGCUGGACUGGAAUGGGAGGCUCCCAGUUGGGCACCAAGAGGACUCUUCCAGGUAAAUUUAUGGAGGACAUCAGCCAGAACAUUGCAAAGUUUAACAUCCAUGCCUUGGUGAUCAUUGGAGGAUUUGAGGCCUAUGUGGGAGGUCUGGAGCUAGUCCAGGCCCGAGAGAAAUACGAGGAAAUGUGUAUCCCUAUGGUGGUUAUCCCUGCCACCGUUUCCAACAAUGUUCCUGGCUCUGACUUCAGCAUUGGCGCCGACACCGCUCUCAACACGAUCACCUCUACGUGUGACAGGAUUAAACAGUCAGCAGCAGGGACCAAACGUCGCGUUUUCCUCAUUGAGACGAUGGGUGGCUACUGUGGCUAUUUGGCCACUAUGGCAGGCCUGGCUGCCGGGGCUGACGCUGCCUACAUCUUUGAGGAAAAAUUCAACAUUAAAGAUCUGGAGGUGAAUGUUGAGCAUCUUUUGGAGAAGAUGAAGACAACGGUAAAAAGAGGCCUGGUUCUCAGGAACGAGAACUGUAAUGCCAACUACACCACAGACUUCAUCUUCAAUUUAUACUCGGAAGAAGGAAAAGGCAUCUUUGACUGUCGCAAGAAUGUCCUGGGACACAUGCAGCAGGGCGGUACUCCAACACCUUUUGACAGGAACUUCGGCACUAAGAUGGGUGCCAAGUCGGUCCUGUGGGUCACUGAAAAGCUUAAAGAGUGCUAUAGACACGGUCGUAUCUUUGCAAAUACGCCAGCCUCUGCCUGUGUGCUAGGCAUGAAGAAGCGGGCGCUCACCUUCCAGCCCUUGGCUGAUUUAAAGGAAGACACCGAUUUUGAACACCGCAUUCCAAAAACACAGUGGUGGCUAAAGAUCAGGCCGAUCAUGAAGAUCCUGGCUAAGUACAACAUCCAACUGGACACAUCCGAACAUGCCGACAUGGAGCAUGUGAUCAAGAAGAGUACUACCCUCGGAAAUUAAGGGGACACCGAUGAAUGACACUCUGUAUUUUGGUCGAAAAGUGUUUCCUUUAUCGGUCUACUUUACACAAGAAACAGGGUUUCAAAAGAAAGAUUAAAUAUUAUAUUUUGAACUUUUUCGUAUGAUUUGGCAUAUAAUUUGGACAUUUAAAAUAGACUUGGUAAGUUGCGAUGACAACCCCCAAAUGGUUAUGUAAUUGUUGGGGUUUGUAUGUCACUUUGUUUGUUAGAUCAAAGAUUAAAGAUACUAAUAUACAAACACACA